AUGGACAAGCAAAUGGAAGAAUCGAAAAGAAUGGGACGUGAAUUAGAUGCUUUGAGACUUCAGCUUCAAGAAAUACGACGCGAGCGUGAUAACUUUUCACAGCAAGUCGAAAACUUCAAGGAAGAAAAUGAAGAACUCAAGGAGCUCUGGAGAAAGGAAGUAUUGAGAAGGGAUACUGACGCUUCCGAGCUCCGCAACGAUAUUCUUCGUAAAAACGCGUUGAUAGCCGAUUUGACAGCGCUGAACGAAAGGAAUAAGAAGCAAAAUGGAGAAGGAGGCUCCUCUCGCUCGUCCUUUUCAGAAAAUCAUGCAGUCUCAGAUGGCGCUGUCGAGCUGGAACUCGCUCAGACAAAAGUUCGGUUGGUUGAGAUUCAAUGUAAAAAUCAAGAUCUGGAACACACGAUCGAGGAGUUGGAGAAAAGCCUUUCCGACGCUAGAAACACUUGGAUCAACAAACUUCAAGCCCGAGCCUUGAAUUCCGUCAAGAAAUGA